AUGAAUUUUCUUUCAUUGAAUAUUAGGGGGAUCAGGGGUUCUAAUAAGUCUGGUUGGGUGAAAAGUAUGGUUUCUACCCAUGGUAUCUCGUUCCUUUCGCUUCAAGAAUCCAAAUGCUCUAGUAUUUCUCGAUCCGACUUGGCUUUUCUCUGGGUCAAGAAGGAUUUUGGGAUGGAUUUCGUUGAGUCUGUGGGUCUGUCUAGAGGCCUUAUUUGUAUCUGUGAUGAUAAGCUUUUUAGACAAACGGGUGGUUCCAAGGAUAGGCAUUAUUUGCAUGUUAGAGGGUCUCUAUUGGGUUGUGGGGAAGUUGUGAAUAUCCUUAAUGUCUACGCGCCCCAGGGGGUUUCGGCUAAACAGUCUUUAUGGGGCGAGCUGAAGAGCAUUAUUGAUCUGAACGACGGAUUAUGGGUAGUUGCAGGGGAUUUCAAUGCUGUCCGGUUUAGAGAGGAAAGGAGAAAUUGUGCGUUUAAGCAAACCUGUGCUAAUCAGUUUAAUGAAUUUAUUUAUGAUUCGGGGUUAUUAGAGUACAGCAUGAGCGACAAGAAAUACACGUUUUUCGCCGAUAACGGUAACAAAUGCAGCAAACUGGACCGGUUUUUAGUUAACUCCGAAUUUUUUAAUUUGUGGCCGGCGGCUAGUUGUCGGCCGGUUUUUGAGGAAGUCGUUUUCAAAGCUGUUUCUGAGUUUGACCUGGGAGACGUCAACCCCGACAUUACUUUCGUUAGAAAGUUAAGUUUUAUUAGAGACCAGUUGAGAUCAUGGAAAGAUGAAUUGCUUCGAAGGGAAGGUGAGGAGCUGGAGAUUGCUAUGAAUGAGCUUGAGUCUUUAGAUACGCUCCUUGAUCAAAGAGACUUCACUGAGGAGGAGGAAUGGAUGAAAGCCAGCAACACCAUCCAUGGUCUUGAAGUGAACGGGGCUUGGAUUUCCAAACCGUCUCUUGUGAAGAAGGAAGUGUUUCGGUUUUUCAGAUAUAAAUCUGUGGAAGAGGCUGUUAGUAGACCCCCCUUGACGUGUUCCCAUUUCAAGAAGAUCCCGUCCACAUUAGCUGCCAGUUUAGAGGUUCGUUUCUCUAAGGAGGAGGUCAAAGCGACAGUUUUCGGAUGUGAUAAAGAUCGUGCGCCAGGUCCUGACGGGUUUAAUUUUAGAUUCUUUACGCAUUUUUGGGACCUCUUUGCUUCGGAUUUCUAUAAUAUUUUGGACUCCUUCUUCAUUGUUAUUGACUUUCAGGUGAUUAAAGAUGUCAAACAAUGGUGA